CAGCCGAGCAGACACACGAGAGCGCGAGUCGAAAAACCUGGCCCAAACCGAGUACAAACCCCUCAAAACAAUUCAGUAAAAAAAAUCGUAUUGCAUCGAGCGUGGGCCGCAAUCGGAAGUGUUCAUAUAUAUAAAACAAAAAAAUAUAAAUACAAAUAAAAUAGAUAAAAAUUAAAAAGAGUUAUAACAGCCGCCGGUAGCUGGAACUAAUUGAAGAGCCUUUGGCUAAUUGCCGAUAAUGAAGAUUGCCAAAAUUGGCAACAGCUGAAUCUCUUGGAAAAUCUUGUGCGUGUGAACAGAGCCGUGAAAAGGCAACGGCAAAUAAAUUGUAAAUUAAAUCAGAAAAUAAUUUGAAAGCUGCCGAGGAUCAUUAUGAAUAAUUCGUGGCUGCUGGCACUGAUGACCCUGGCAGCGGUCGUUUCUGGCAUCUUUGGAAGCCAGGCGCCGAGUGCGAACCAAUAUCACAUCCAGACGGAUGAGGGACCGGAGCGGUACUUCCGCUUCCAAACGGACAGCGGCCAGUUCCGCAAGGAGAAGCGGCUUCAGGAUGGCACCGUAAUAGGCACUGAGGCCUGGAUCGAUGCAGCUGGUUAUUUGAGGCAAAAGGAUUAUAUAGCCGAUAAGCAGGGCUACAGGAUACUCAAGUCCAAGACUAUAUACGUGGGCGUGGGAAGAGCUGUUGAGGACGCCAUUAAAUCCACCAAGGCAGCUCCAGCGCAAUCGGGCGUCCUGGUUCAUGGCGGCGGUGGCUCUGCAGGCUCCUCGGUCAACAGUCUGGGUAACUAUCAGCGAGCAGGCUAUGGCUAUGUGUCCAGUACCACCUCAACCACCACACCGGCACCACUACCUGCAGCCUUGCCUCCUUUAGAUAUCCUAGAGGAAGCUGGCGUGGGCAAGCUGAACUAUCUGCCACCGGAGCAGGCAGCCAAGAUUGAGCCACAAUCCCAGCUAGGAUUCGAUCACUAUCCAGAUGAAUUGCCUCGGGCACAGGAACAGAUAUAUCAGUCAGAUAUAUCGUCACCACAUCAGCCACUGGUGGACAUUCAUCCCAAUGCGGAGCCUGUCCCGGAGCUGGAGCUCAAUGCCAUCAAUGUGUACGAUGCCGAGGCAGAUCGUGCCUUUGGUCAUGGUCAGUUUGGCUCUGUGAUCAGUUCCACAACGGCCAGACCUCCAGCUUUGGAUAUGCUGCCUCCUCUGAGUGCCCACAGAAGACGACUGCGUCCGCGUCCCACUCCAGCUCCCAUAGCAAUUGUUUCUAGUACGCCUGCUCCCAUUUCUGGUGGGGAUUUGUAUGGCUACUCAACGCCACAGCCUUUUGUUGCUCCUGCGUAUCAAUACUCCCCGCCUGCCACAUCCUCCGGCACUGGAUAUGGUUACUAUCCUCCACUGCCGCAGUCACCGUUGGAGGUGAACUCCUUAGAGUCAGCCCUGCUGCCGCCUCUGCCCUCUAGGGGCUAUCGAAGGCGUCUACGUCCCAGACCUGCACAGAGCAAUCACCUGGAAGGACUGGCAGCCUCCGAGUAUGAUGGCAUAGCCAGCACCCGGAAUGGCUUCCGAUAUGUGCUGCCCAAGCAAUAUCACGAGGAGGAAACGAAUCCUUCGGAUGGAAAGCGAGCCGGUAGCUUUGGCUAUGUGGAUCCCUUUGGCAUUCGGCGGGUGGUGUACUACAAUGCCGCUCCCGGAAGGGGAUUCGUACACCGGAAUAACAACCAGUAUGUGGGAGCCAAUGGAGCGCCUUUCGAUGAACCCGGACCAGCACGGCUGGUCAACGAAUAGGAUCAUCGAUGGGGAUUUGUGUGGGUUGAUCUCUGUGACACAAGGAUGUAUAUCGAUACAGGGUAGGAUUAGGACCUGUAAUAAUCAACCCACCCAUAUCGAAGGUGCUGCACUUAACCCAUUCCCCCGACCGAACGACCGACCCACUCGAAACGAGGCACCAAAACUAACCGUAGAACCUCAGCCAGGGGAAGUCCCCGCCUCUUAAGAUUAACCUGUACAUAUAACCACCACGCUUACUCUACUCUACUCUUCCUUCCUGCCCGCACAUUUACACACAAAGAAAACGACAUCUGUGUUAAUUAAUUUAAUGCUUAAUCACAUUUACAUUAUAACUUAAUUUAUGUAUAUCGAAACUAUGUGCAAUUAGCGCCUAGAAUAGGUCUUUUAGGGGAACACACUCACACCGAUGUUGAAAGUGAUGGGGGAGAAAUCGUUUCACGUAUUAAUCUUGCCAUAUUAACGAAAAGUAAAUAAACAAAGCUCUCUGUUCAUCCAUCCCUUGGUAUUCCCCAUACAAAAUAAUAUAUGAUAAACUACGAUUAAACCAAUAAUAAUGAUAACGAUAUUGAUAACAGCUUCUUGGCCAAUAGCUGUUCAUUUAAGAGGAAUGAACACCCGUUGCCUGGAAACUUUAGGAUCUUAGUACGAACCAUUAUUUUGUGUAUUGUUAAGAAGUUUGAAGAUAAUAAAUAAUUAUUUAAAUUGAAA